CGUUUGGGGCUGCCUUUGGGGCUGCCUGUUCGCUGCCGAAAAUCGCCGCGCGGCGUCCCUGGGCAGUUGCCCUCGCUUACACGGAGGCAGUCGCACACGACGCAAGCUCCAAGCGGCCUCGAACGGGCGCGGACGAAGCGUUGUACGCAGCGCCAGCGCUCAACGUUUUUGCUAUUACGGGUUUUGAGGACCGUACAAGGACCCCGUCAAAGGGCGAAAGCUCGACUCGGACCGGUUCCCCGCCCGCAACGAGCUAGCGGUCUGUAAGGCACUAGCAGCAAGCAGACUGGCAGGCUGCUGCAGCAUGCUGGGCAAAGUCCAAUUACGCAUCGCAAGUUGCUGCCUGCAUCAGUGCUCGAAACCCUGUGCAACUUGCAGCAGUAAUGCCGCAGCACUAAUGCGCUGACACCAAUGCAGCUCACACUGGGUGAGGCGCACCACGGCCCCGUCACAGCAGUCGUGCUGCGCGGCAACGACGUGCAUGCUGCCAUUCAUGGCCGCCUCCACACGUACGAUGCAAAUUCCGGCAAGCUCCAGCGAACGCGGACGCUGCUCCCGUGCCGCGUCCACGGCCUAGCCUGCAACGACGACGGCGCCCUGCUCGCCUGGGGCGUCGACGCGGUCGGCGUCGCGCGGGGCGACGCCGUCACGACAAUCGCAACGGAGACGCGCUGCGUGGCCGCCGCGUUCGCGUCGAGCGAAGACGUAGCGACGCUGACGUCGGCCGGCGCGGUGGAGCGGCGCGACGCCGCGACGCUGGCACGACGGGGCGCGACGGCCGCCCUGCAAACGAGCGGCGAGCUCCGGUGCGGCGCGCUACGGGUCGCCGGUGAAUUGGUAAAGGCGUGCGGCGGCGACGCCUUCGGACGUAUCGUCGUCGAAAGCGUCGGUCGCGACGAGGCGCACGGGGGCGUGAUCACCUCGAUAGCCUGGGCCGGCGAAGACGUCCUGUCGACGUCGGACGAUCGGCGCGUGACGCGCUGGCGUAUCAAUGGAGACGCGCUCGAAAAAGUCUGGACGGGCGUGGGCCACGCGGCGCGCUGCUGGUGCGCCGUCGCCGUCGACGCGUACGUCGUCUCCGGCUCGCAGGACGGAACGGCCAUCGUGUGGCGCGCGGGCGACGGCGCGCGCGUCGCGACGCUGCGCGGCCACGCGGGCAAGCACGUGCGGUGCCUCGGCGGUUGUAAUGGAUACGUCGCGACGGGCGGCCACGACGGCACGGCGCGCGUCUGGUCGCUGCGCGACGCCGUCGCCGCGCAGACCGCGCGGCGCGUACGAGCGCCGGAGACGACCGCGCCGACGGCAGUCUGCGUCCUGCGGGACGCCGUCCUCGCCUGCUUCGCGAGCAAGAAAUUGUGGCGCCUCGACCUCGUAAUAGGUGAGUGGCGCGACCUCGGCGUCCACGGCGCGGCGCGCCGGCUCGCGCUGGACGCCCGGGAAGACCGGGUCGCUUUGAUAGGAGGCGGCGGGAGUUCCGUCGUCAUACUUGAGGUGGAGAGCGGCUCUUCGACAACCUUCUCGACCGGCGCGGCGGCGGCCGUGAGCGGCUGGUGGGUCGGCGACGACUUGGUCGUGGCCUCCGUCGACCGGCGCUGCUGCGCGUGGCGCGAUGGCGCCUGCGUGGCGACGCUCGCGCCCGUCGCGGACAACGCGCUGGGCGCCGUCACGGCCGUCGCGAGCGGGGGCGACGGGCGCUGGGUUGUCGGCGACAGCCGCGGCCGCGUCGCUCUUAUUGAAGACGGCGCGCUCCUCUGGCGCGCCGACGCCCACGCCAAGAGCGCCGUGCUGGCCGUCCAAUUCGCUAAUGGCGUGCUGCACUCCUUCGGCCGCGACGGGAAGAUGGCGACGUUCGAGGUCGACGACGACGCGCCCCACCUCGCAUCAAUACAACCGCUCCACGUUUCUGUGUCCGGCGUUUGUGAUGACGUGACCUGGGGCGUCGUCGGGGCCGAGCUCGUCGUGCUGGACGUCGCGACGAAUAUGAGGAGGGCGACGGUCGCGGGCACGAACCGAGGCCGGCCGCACGGCGUCCGCGUCGCCGGUAAUUCCGUGCGCGCCGUGGCGGCGGCGAGCGACGACAACGAUUUUCUUAUCGUCGAGAGCGAGACAAAAUGUGUAACAUGCGGCGCGCCGCUCGUCGCCGACGGCGUCGCGGCCGCCGUAACCCUGGAAAGCGGCCGCGUGGUCCUGGCCGGCGGCGGCGGCGACCUCGCCGAGUACGCCGCGGAUCUGAGAGAACAGACGCGCCGCUGCUCGCCGGCGGCCCACGCGCAGCGCGCCCUGGCCCGCGUCGGCGACGUCGUGAUCGCAGGCAGCGUCGACGUCGUGGCGACGUGGCGCGCAGGGCGCCGCGUCGCUUCAUUGAGACUCGCGGAUGCGGACGCGCUGAACCAGCGCCUCACGGCUGCCGCCGCCUGGGACGCCGACGGUGGUUUGUCCUAUGUCGUGGGCGACUCGGCGGGGGCGCUGCGCGUUGUGAAAAGUGACCGCGUCGUCGCGACGUUGGCCUGGGACGGCGCGCCGGUCUGCGCCGCGGCGCAUGCGCCGCUCGGCGACGCCGACCUGGUCAUAGCUGGCCUCUCGACGGGGACGAUUGCCAUGUGGGAGCUGCGUGGGACCGGCACCUCCCUCGCGCUCGCCGUGGCGCCCCACGCCGCCGGCGUCGGCGCGCUUGCGGCGCGCCGCGUCGAUCCUGAUGGUGUUUUAAUUGUUUCGGGCGGGGACGAUGCAAAGAUAGCGACCGUCGCGGUCCGGCGGUCGUCAGCGCGCGUCGAGGUCGUCGCCCUCGGCGGCUGCGCGCCGGUGCGCGGGCUAGCGUUCACGCGCGACGGGCGCGUCGUCGUCGCCGCGCGCGGCGACGGCGUCGUGUCAGCCUGGCGCGUCGCGGAGGACCUGAGUUUUGCUGGCGGCUGGACGCGCGCCACGGCGGCCACCGCGGCGACGCUCCGGUUGCUUUCAAUUGUUGACGUCGUCCUGGGCGACGUGCGCGGCUGCUGUUCGACUGAGGACGGCGCGCUCGUCUACGGCGACGACGGCGUGGCGAGUGUUGUGCUAUGUUAACGAUCAAGUUUUUCCUUA